AUGACCUCAUUUAAGGAGGUCGCCUCAACAACAUCACUGCCUGAUCCAUCUGCCAGUAUCACAGACUCCUUCCCAAGGGUGUUCAAGGAAUUCGACUUUUUGGAAGCUGAACAUGACAGCCGUGUCAGAGACGGCGGAGCAGUUGCUUCGGCUCAGGCUGUCGACGAUGCGUCAAGAAUGCGAUUGGAGGAAGACGAAGCAUGCUCGCUCACGAAGACGAACGCUGACGCCGGACUUGAGGACGAAGACUUUCAGGACUCGGAAGGUGCGCAAGGGAACUCAGAGGGUGGAGGAGCGUCCACCUCUCGACUUUCCCGGACAUCAGCCUCUUCCGAUCGUACACCAUGUCCAUCAGAAGUGGAUGAAGAGGAGAACGAAGCUGAGGAGGGCUUUGUUCACGAGUCUCCGCCAACAGGACCGAUGCCCAUGCAAGAUCGCAUCAGUCCAUCGUCUGCCGUGUCACGGGAUGUGCUUGAGAAGAGGUUGGAAGCAGGACAACGGAGUUACUUCAUGUCGAUUGUUCCUGAGUUUAGGCCGAACGAUCGCUUGAAUGGAGUUGACGCCACAUGGAAUCUCAAUGUUGCUGAACUUCAAGACGAUUCAGAAGGAGAACUAACCGCAUACGCUACACUGCUUUUUACUCAACUGUUCAGGUCAUGCUGCGGACGAGUGGCGUCGUUACUGCGAGACGCCAUGCACAUUUUCUCCUCUCGUCCCUUGGCAAGAACGUUCGCCCACGCGCAAGACGUGCUCACCGGCGUGGCAGACUGUCCAUUCCUGUUCGUCACUGCGCAAUAUUUGCGUUGCUCUGGAAUCCUACCACGCUUGAAGUUGUCGUUAUUCGAGCUUCGUGAACAUUGGGAGACGUUCAAUGAAAGAAAGGAACAAAAUAUUCGUGAGAUGGAACUGGGCAAACUGUUAAGCAAGUUAUUCUUCCAACUGAUGCUUAUGAGCGAUUCCCUGAACGAUAUGGUUCGUCUGGUGAAUGAAUCGCAUGGAGCUCAGGCGGUGAUUUUCCAAUCCCUGUGUCAGCACGUGAGAUCGGCGUUCGGAGCAGAAUUUGGAUGUUGUGAAGCCUCUGACAUCGACGUGCUACUGCUCAUGUUCUGCAGAAGUCAUUCCUUGAAGGCCUGGGCGCUGGUUGGCGCCGUACCAGAUGCUCUUCGUCGACAAAGUCAAAAUCUUCGAGACGCCAACGCCGACGUCGCUUCGGCUGUACGUCGACUGGCAUCAGAUUCUGUAGUGUCGCAUCGCACAUCGACGGCAUCUUCACUAACCGAAUCCUUCCAGAAAAUUUCCUAUUUGCCCGAUUAG